UUUUGAGGACUGAGACUUAUUGGACAGCUCGCUACAAAUAAUUUGACAGGCUGCUUCGUCUGAUUUCAAGUUUAUUUCAGGAUUUGGAACGACUGAAAGGAGUGGAGUGGAGAAACAUGAGAGAAAGAGAGAGAAGAAGAACAGGAUAGCAAACAGUGAGAGAGAUGCUAGAAGAGGAGAAGGUGGAGAUAGAAGAGGAGGAGGAGGGGGAGAUAGAAGAGGAGGAGGAGAGGGAGAUAGAAGAAUGGCUCUCCAGUCUGACAGCCGAAGAUGAAGAGCUAGGGAGAAGGAUAAGAGCCAUGGUGGAGAGAAAUAGAGGUUGGGAGAGGAAAAGUGAAGCAAGGCAUCACCGGCUUGAGACACUCAUGAAUAGCGCACAGGAAAACUUGCACAGGAAAACUAAGACAGGCGACUGGCGUAAGGCACAGGCACAAGCACAAGCAGAGGCGGAGGGACACUGGGAGCACAACGCUAACUUGGGCACGGAGACAGGCGAUUGGUGUAAGACACCGGCAGAGUCAGAGCACAUCGCUAGACUGAUGGAGGAGAUGGAGCUGAGGCUACAAGAACUAGAAAGGUUGCUCUCAGUAGAGCAGGAAUUGAUGGAGACACCAGCACAGUGCACAGGCACUCAAAUGGCAAGACAUCCACAUGCACUCAAAGACAUAGAGGUAAAAGAAAUGGAACAACAGAUGCACAACUUGGAGAAAGGAUGGUGGGAGUGGAAAGUGCAGGGUAAGGAGCAGAGGAUUCGGCAGCUGAAGGCAGAGCUGAAUGCUGCUGAGCUGCGGGAAAAGCACAUGGCCAAGGUCAUCCAAGAGAAAGACAAAGAACUGAGGGAACUGAAACGAAAGCUUUACAAGAAAGAGGUUCGAGAAAAAGAAAAGGGGCUUCAAGAUAUGGCCAAACCUAACUCCAGUUGUAGCCGUUGUUUAAGCCUUGCCAAGGACUCCAAAGGCACACUGCUUGAUAGAGUUAAAGGUAAGACUUACCUCAAAAACACAGACAAACAAAAUGCAAACCCAGCACAAACCAAAGUAGCCAAAGGAGAAGGGGGUAGGGUAAAGAGGCAGAAGGAAGACGGACAUUGUGAGACCAUGACCAAUACCUGUGCGAAGAGUGAACGUUUGUCAGACGACUUGGAGAGCUCUGACUCUGAGUCAGAAUGUGAGGAACAGCCAUUAGCAAGGCAGAAUAGCCAGAGAAAUUUGAAGAAGGAGAAAGGAGACAAAAAAGAAACUGUUAUUGGUAAAACUUGCCCCAGAAACACCGACAAACAGAAAGCAAACCCAGCACAACUGGUGGCAAAUAAGACGGACUCUGGCUGUACGGAGAGAGAAAGUUUGAAAGACGGCUCGGAGAGCUCAGACUCGGAGGCAGAGUGUGAAAAACAUCCAUUGCCAAAACUCAUUAGCCAGAAAAACGCAAACAAGCAGAAAUUAAAUGCAAAAGAAAGACUUUCCGGUAAGACUGGCCUCAAAAACACAGACAAACAGAAAGCAAACCCAGCACAAACCAAAGUGGCCCAAUGUGAAGUUAUGGUAAAGACGCAGAAAGAAGAAAGUUUGUCAGACCGCUCUGAGGCAGAAUGUGAGGAACAGCUGUUAGCAAGGCAGACUAGCCAGAGAAAUGUUAACAAGCCAACAGCGAAUGGAAAAGAACCAGCUACCGGUAAGACUGGCCUCAGAAGCACAGACAAGCAGAGAGCGAACCCAGCACAAAUAGUGGACAAGGAGACUGGCUCAGGAAGUCCAAACUUACAGGAAGCAAACUGGGAACAAACAAUAUCAAGAGAGAUUACCCAAAGCAAUCAGGCCGAGCAGAAAGCAAGCAGAACAGAAGACACGGGUGAGACGUGCCCCGUAAGAAAUGCGGACAAACAUAAUGAAAACAGAGGGCAAACGGUGGAAAGCCAGACUGCAAGCACAACAAUGCACAAACAGUUUGAAAGUCAAAGUGAGAGCAAGAGCGAUAAAAGCACAGGUGAGCCGACAGACAUCCACAAGGUGAAUCAUGUAGUGCAACAAAUCCUGGAGCAACAAAUGACUGAAGACAACAAGACAUAUCAUAUCCACAAGAAUGGUAAGACCAUGGAGGCCACUGAAAAUGCAAAACAAUUGAACAACAACCUGCAUCCAGUGACAAGGAAGCGAUCCAGAGAACUCUUUCACCCUGUCGUUCAAGCCAAUGUCGAAGGCAAAAACAAACCUCGGCCGUUUAAGUCUCGUGGUGCUAACGGUGGCAGUGGGAUUCACCAAACCCCCAGCACUGCACAGGUGCCACCACCUGCUUGUACACCUUCUGGCUCACUCGCAAGUUCCCAGCAGAAGAGGAAUCAUGUCAUCAUUGUUGUGGCGUCUGCUCCGAUGGCCAGUGCAGGGACAGGAGUCCAUCACUAUCAGAAUCAGAAUCAGAGCCAGAACUGCACGAGAUCAGCAUCAGAGCAGCAUGAGAGGAAGCUGAAUUCUAGAAUUGACACAGAAGAGCUGGCGGUUCACAGUGGCAUCAGCCACUCCAGUGGCCAAGGAAGCACCAAUCCCUCCAGUGGCCAAGGAUGUACCAAUUCCCCCACUGGUCAAGGUGGCAUCAAUCCCUCCAGGAUCCAAGGUAGCAUGGAUCUGUCCACUGGCAAAGGAGGCACCAAUCCCUCCAGGAGACAAGGAGGCACCAAUCCCCCCACUGGCCAAGGUGGCAUCAAUCUGUCCAGUGGCCAAGGAGGCACCAGUCCACCCAGGGACCAGGUUAUAGAUGGCCAUAAGCAGGUAAAGGAGGAGCUGAGGACUAACAACAGGCCACAGGCGAGGAGGAGUGAGGAGCAGGCUAGAGAACAGAGGGCAAACUCCUCUACGGAGCUGGUUGAGGCAGAUCAGAUCCAGGUCGCUGUACAUGCUAAAGCUAAAGUGAUGAGCAAAGAGGAACAGACUGACGUUCCAAUGGCAAGGCAUGUGCUUGAGAUGCCCAACGUCGAUGGUGUGAGACGUGCACAGCCUGCCUGUGUGAAGCUGGUGAAGGUAGGCCAGCAGGUCAUGGCACAUACACCACCGAGGAAUGAGGAGCAGGAAAAGGUGGAGAUUCGGAAUCAGCAUCAGAUUCCAGAAUCCCUAUCAGAUUCAGAAUGUUAUGCCUGCACAGCCGACUAA